AGCCAUUCGACGACAGUGUUGUUGUGUGAGCGCACUAUUAUACUAAGUAUGGACUGGUGAGAGAGGGUUGGAAAGAAUGGCCGUCACUCCGUGGCAGUUCAAGUUCUUCGACGUCACCCCAGUCAAGCUCCCCGACGACGAGAGCUCCCUCCUGUCCGAGCCCGGUACCAUUACCUCCGUCGUUUCCGGUUCGGAAAGCAUCUUCUUGGGUAGCGCCGAUGGAGUCGUCCGCAUCCUUUCGCAGGCCUUCAAGGUCGUGCGCUCCUUCCGCGCGCACGACUCUGGCGCCAUCACGCAUAUGAAGCAGGUCCAGGGGACUGCACUGCUGGUCACUAUUGCCGAAGACCUGUCCAACGAGCCCGUGCUGAAAGUGUGGGCAUUGGAUAAGCUGGAGAAGAAGACGGGAAUGCCGCGGUGUCAGAGCACCCUGACGAUCCACAAUGGGCGUAAACAGUUUCCGAUAUCCGCCUUCGCUGCGUUGGAAGACUUAUCGCAGCUGGCUGUUGGCUUUGCGAAUGGCUCAGUCACGGUGGUCAGGGGCGAUUUGAUUCACGACCGCGGAGCACGUCAGAGGACCGUCUUCGAAUCCGAGGAGCCGAUAACGGGCAUUGAGUUCCGAGAGGGAAACACCACCACUUUGUAUAUAGCGACUACUGCCCGCAUCAUGACGCUUGUUAUAUCAGGCCGCGGCCAGGGCCAGCCCGCCAAAGCUCUGGAUGAGCAUGGUUGCGGAGUAGGUUGCAUGGCUGUGGAUAAGGCGACGAGCGACGUGGUCGUUGCACGGAACGAUGCCAUUUACUACUACAGCCAUCAUGGCCGUGGCCCACCGUACUCCUAUGAGGGGGAAAAGCAGAUGAUAACCAUCUUCAAGGACUACGUCGCUAUAGUGUCCCCUCCAAAGUCAAAUGCCCUACCUGGCGAGACCGCCCUUAGGACCUUCGGCGUGGGUGCUGACUCUGACGUGUUCAACACCUCGACUUUCACUCUCCUUAACACCGAGCUGAGGUUUGUGGCGCAUCAGGAGCAGUUGGCCUCGCAAGUCAAAGCCAUCGUGUCUGAAUGGGGCGACCUCUUUGUUCUGACUAUGGACGGAAAGAUCUUCCGGUACCAUGAGAAGCCCUUCUCUCAAAAGCUUGAGAUAUUGUACCAACGGAAUCUCUAUGUUCUCGCGAUAAAUCUGGCUCAGAAAGCUGGACUUGAUGCGUCCCAACAAAAUGUCAUUCUGCGGAAAUUUGGAGACUACUUAUAUCAGAAGCAGGAUUACGAUACCGCGAUGCAACAGUACCUCAAAGCGAUAGACAACACUGAGCCUUCACAAGUGAUACGCAAGUUCCUCGACACUCAACGGAUUCACAACCUGAUCGAGUAUCUGGAGGAACUCCAUGACCAUCACAAGGCGACGUCCGAUCAUACAACACUUCUGCUGAACUGCUACGCCAAGCUGAAAGAUGUCGACAAGCUAGAGGAGUUCAUCAAGUCGCCCGGAGAUUUGAAAUUCGAUCUAGAUACAGCCAUAUCGAUGUGCCGGCAGGGCGGGUACUAUGAUCAGGCGGCAUUUCUGGCGCGGAAGCACGGCGAGCACGAGUUGGUUGUGGAUAUCUUGAUUGAAGACUCCAAACGGUAUGCCGAAGCACUUGCGUACAUUUGGCGUCUUGAGCCUGAAGAGGCGUACCGCAACCUUAUGAACUAUGCCACUGUACUCUUGCAGGAGUGUCCAAAAGACACCACCCAAAUUUUCAUCGAUUACUACACCGGCGCAUUUUGUCCAAAGAAAGACGCCAUAGUCAUCCCAAACGCCCCUGCACCGUCGGGCUUGGGAAUUGGAAGCGCCGCGUCAAGUGCGGUGCAAAAUCUGGCAGCGCUGCUUCCACUGCCGUACGUGAACACCAACUCGGUGACAUCCCCACCUUCUGUCAGUGGCCACAAAUCAGCAAUGAGUCAGGCCCAGAUUGUGGAGACAAACGUCGAUGAGCCAGCGCCCGAGUAUCAAAUCCCCAAACCCCGAACAGCGUUUUCGGCUUUUGUGGACCGUCCACAGGAAUUCAUUGUCUUUCUAGAAGCAUGCAUCAAGUCGGAAAACCUCCGUGAGGAUGACAAGGUCGAUCUCUACACGACCCUUUUCGAAAUAUAUCUCCAGACCGGUUCGACAAAAAAAGACGGUGAGAGGCAGGCGUGGGAAGAUAAAGCCAAAAAUCUCGUCCAAGGGAAGAACAUCCCAAUUGACACGUCCAAUGUCCUCCUACUUUCACAUUUGUCCAAUUUCCGGGACGGCACGAUUCUGGUGCGGGAACAGCAGGGCCUCCACUUUGAUAUCUUCCGCUCUUACACGGCGGCCGGAGAUACCCAAGGUGCUAUCCGAGCCCUCCGCAAGUACGGCCCCGUAGAACCAGCGCUCUAUCCAGCGGGUCUCGCUUACUUCACGUCGAGCCCGGAGAUCCUCGCUGAAGCUGGGGAUGAGCUACACCACGUACUCAAGAAGAUUGACGAAGACGGGCUCAUGGCGCCCCUUCAGGUCAUCCAGACGCUUAGUGCCAACGGUGUCGCCACAAUGGGCAUGAUCAAGCAGUACCUCGCUGCGACUAUCGAUCGCGAGCGCCAGGAGAUUGCGACGAAUCGCCGCACCAUCGAGACCUUCCGCGCAGACACGGAGGCAAAGAAAGCGGAGCUCGCGAACCUGGCGAGUAAACCCGUCGUCUUUCAAGCUGCGCGCUGCCGUAUUUGCAGUUCCCCGCUCGAGCUUCCCGCUGUACAUUUCUUGUGCAAGCACUCAUUCCAUCAGCGGUGUUUGAGUAAUGGCGAGGAUGUUGCGGACGAGAGCGUCGAGUGUCCUGUUUGCGCGCCGCAAAAUCAGACGGUGAGGGCGAUCCGAAGGGCGCAGGUGGAGAGCGCGGAGAGGCAUGACAUGUUUAUGGAUGCGCUGAAGAGGGCCAAAGAUGGGUUUGCAGUGGUGAGUGAGUGGUUUGGAAGAGGGGUCAUGGGAAUACAGGGAAGGGAAGAAUAGUUAAUCAUAAUGCGCCCAAUGUGGGAGUAUGCCAUGUUGGGGAAUUCACUAUUGGCCUCCAGAGCUCAAGUUGAUGGGUUCAUAUUGGAACCAGGGCUGCUGCGAACUGAGUCCAUUGAUAUUGGUCAGUAGAUAUGGAUCACUACAAAUCAUGGCUCAGUAUGUACCGACUAAGGAUAAUGUAAACUGCUG